AUGCAUAUGGUUCCUAGGUCUCCCAUCCUGACGUAUACCUUUCGUCGUCCACUUCCGUACCUCCCCACUCUCCUCGCACAGAACAAAAUCCAUGCGUUUCAGCUCGAAAAUAGGCGCGCGGAUCCGGAUGGGACGCCCGAUGUGAUGCUUUUGCUCGAGCACAGACCGGUGUAUACCGCUGGACGAAGGCAAAAGUUGGAGGACCUCGAGGUGGAGCGGGAUCGAUUGCAGAAUAUCGGUGCCGAUUGGGUCCAGACCGAUCGAGGUGGACAGACGACGUACCAUGGUCCUGGUCAGUUGACGGUAUAUCCUUUAUUAGAUAUCGGGCGCAACCAGAUAUCGAUUCGGGAUUAUAUAUGUAACCUCGAACUCUCCCUUCGCGAACACCUUAAAACACACCAUCAGCUCACACAUUAUCCAAGCGAACACACUGGCGUGUUCCUCUCCCCCGACGAAAAGAUUGCUUCUAUUGGCGUACACGUUCGACAUCGACUUACAACGCAUGGUAUAGCCAUGAACAUCACCAGAGAGCCCACAGCCUGGUUUGAUCAAGUUGUGGCAUGUGGUUUGGAUGGCGUCAGGGCUGCCAGCAUAGAGGGAGCCACCCGGAAGCAGGUCUCGGUUCCACAAGAGGCACAGAAGUUUGCAGAAAUAUUAGCAAAGAAAAUGCGGAGAGACCUCGCGCCUUUGGACGAGUCACACCCUGCAGUCUGGGAAAUCGUACAAGACUUGGAGCAAAAAGCUCUUGCUUCGGGACCUUGGCAUCGCAAGCCGGCCACAUCUAGAUAG